GAAGAAAACGCGUCGUAAAGCCGCAACUUAAAGCGAAAUGAUAUUUUGAGCCUGAUAGCAGCCGCAUUGUCUUCCGCCACCGCCUCGCCGCUUGCGCGGUCAUGUCGCGCCGUACUUGCUACCAUUGCGAUGUCUGGAGCAGGAUCUCCACAUGUCGCGGUGGCGCACACAACUGCCAUCACGCCUCCGCAACGCAAGCGCAAUUACGUUCCGAAUUCGAGGUCGUCAGAUUCACUUCCAGAAUUGGAUGAGAUAUUGCCCGCCAGGAUCGAUGCUCGCUUGAAGAUGGGGUCAAGGGCAUUGGCGCUGCCACAAAACGUAUCGGCGGGGUUGCAGAGCACCGCGACGCUUUUGCCAUACAACAUUUUGAAUAAACAUCAGGAUGAAGAUAGAAGUAAUAAAGCCUCCAGGGAAUGCACAGGGAAGAAGGCGGAACCGAAGCUCGAUGCAAAGUCAAAAGACUGCAAUGUGACUAGCACGAAAAAGAGGAAAACAAAGGAGAAGGCCAAUGCUGUAUCUAGGAGAUCCGUGAGCGAAAGAAAGAGAACACAGAGGAACCAAAACUCAGAAACUCAUGGGAUGACGGUUGGAAAUCACCUGGAUGAGUUAGAGCGAGUUGGGACUACAGGAUCGGCUAAGUCCACAGCUAAACGCUUAGCAAGAACUGGAUUAAGCCGGAAGCGAAGAAAAUUAGAAGACAAAGAAUCGAACAUGAGUGAAUUUGCUAAGAAAGUCAGUAACUGUCCCAAGGAUGGGAAGGAAAUACACACGAUCGAGGAUAAGGAGGCCGUCGACGACCAUCAAAUUCUUCUUUGCGCUGCUAAAUCCCCAAAAGAAACGGAACACCGUCAAGGCGCAGAAGCAAACGGUGAGCAAGAGUAUGUGGAAAUGUUUCCAGCCGCAAAUGACUCGCCAGUUAGGGGGAAGAAGAUUGUGCAAGCAUCCUCGCAACCUGAUAAACCAGAAAUUCCAACUUUUGACUUCUCGCUACUACAUCAAACUUUUAGUUAUGAAGAUUCAAAUUCUGUUUCGCCUCGCCCCAGGGUACAAUCUACCACGGUCCCAACAUCAAAACGAAACCUGGAGCUUAUCCCAGACACGCGACCUGAAAACUUCACUAUUAUCAUUGAGCAACCUGGACCUGAUAUCUUUGUGGCAGCGGAAAACGACGCAUCAGCAGCAAAGGAAGCAAUACCAUCUCUUCCACGAAAUGAAAUCAGAAAACAGUCUCCGAAGAAGGGCGCGACGUCGAUUACGGCUCGUUCCAUUGCACGUUACGCUCAAGCAGAACAUAGAAGUCUUGGAAACCCGGUUCUAAUGUCGCCAUAUUUUGCUCCCAUUUUCCACCCACCUGAAACAGAAACGAGUACCGAGCCAAGACGAGCUUCUUUGGCUGCUAACGCAGCGAAGCCUCGCAAGCGAAAAUCGAAUGCCAAAGGAGAAAACAAAGCUCAAAGGGAAAGAAGAAAGAAAACAGUUUCGAAAAGAAAGACAGUAGCUUUCAUAGCACCUCCAAAGCUGAUGUCGCCGAAGCAGCACGAAGCAAAACUAAAACGGCAAGAUCUUCUCUUUGGCACUUCUAGUCAACUAAGACAAGACGGGUCGCCUCGAUAUAUUCGUGAGGUGCAGAAGGCUCUUGAAGAAUCGGCUAUUGAUUCUGAAAUGCCGGAGGAGACAGGUUCGUCGCCAAUACCGCUGCGGUCUACCGAGGCUGUCAGAAGGACGAGGCGAAAGAUGUGGAACGAAAGCGCGAGUAUCGAUAUAGAUUCUGGAUGGCGUAGCAUUUCGGAUAUAAUAGGCGACGGAAGUCCCCAAUCAAGGUCUGCAGAACAUAGCCAGCAUAUUGGCCCUGAUGAGGCUAGGUCUAGCCAAAGCCUCUCGACUGGAUUCAUUUCUGAUCAGGACGCUUCGCGAAGUAUAUCAUUCCCAGAAUCAUCACCCAUUACCUCCAAUGGCUUCUGGCUAAGCAGGUCCACGACCUCGUUAUUAGGUUCACGGCCUACAAGCGUCAAGACCUUUCCUGCCAUAAUCAACAUCUCUUCGAGCCCAAGGAGUUCUGUAUCUCCGCCCAGAAUGGCUCUCAUGUCGAUGUCAACGAACACAAAAUCUCCAACAAAAAAGUCACAGGAUGAGAAGGCCGGACCUGACCGCAAAGCUCGUCUCAGCAAAGAUGCCCAAAUCGAGCACCAUAACAACUCGGCAAAGUCCCUGGCUGGACCUGGAAAAGACGUUGCGGCAUCUAAUCGAACGACACGAACACCUAAAAAGAGAGGUCGUCCACCAAAGAUUCGCGUCGCUCGAGAUGACGAGCAUGGUUUCCAGCACAUUGAUGACAUAGAGGAUUCCGAGCCGGACCUUACGCCUUCUCCACCACGAAGGUGUGGUUCGGUCAAUUGUAACAACAAUCGGCCAUUACCCCUCACCACUCCCGCUACCACAGAAAAGGAAGCAAAUACCAGACGUGCUAACACAGUUAUUUUGAAUGCACAACAUGCUCGUUGGCCGCAGGUGCGAGCGAAGCUCUUUCCCGAGAUCACAGCUGUAAUCAAGUCCGCACCACCUACGGGUAAUAUCAAGAAGCCAAGCUGGCAUGAGAAGAUGCUCCUUUACGAUCCGAUCGUGCUUGAAGACUUGACAGAGUGGUUGAACGGUCAGGGUCUUAGAGUGGAGGGUAAGGACGGUGAGUUGGUCGAAAUAUCGUGUUGGAUGGUGCAAUCUUGGUGUGAAAUGAACAGCGUCUGCUGUCUAUGGAGAGAGGGUCUCAGAGGUGGAGUCAGGGUAAAAUACUAGUCGCAAAUACACGUUUGAUGUUACGUCAAUAUCGUUCACUCCUAAUAUUUCUUUUGGAUGGAUAUAUGUCGUUGCGGUGUUGCACUGUCCGUUUGUUG